AUGAAGAUUGGCUCCAAAUCUAAAGCGUUUCACCGUGAUGGCCAAACUUGGCAAUGCACAACUGGGCUUCCAAGUGAUGUUACCAUUGAGUUUCCUUUGCUGUCAAGAAGUGGGCUACUGGAAAAGCUUAUUGGAGAAUUUGCCGGUGAUGAUGGAUCAGUUUGCAUUUUGCAACUUGAUGACAUACCUGGUGGAGCCAAAGCAUUUGAGCUCAUAGCCAAAUUCUGCUACGGUGUUAAAAUAGAACUCACUGCUUUAAAUGUGGUCAGCCUUAGAUGUGCAGCGGAGUACCUUCACAUGAGUGAAGAUCAUGGAGAGGAAAAUCUCACUGCACAAACAGAGGCCUUCCUCAAUGAAGUUUUUGGCAAUUGGUCAGACACAGUAAAGGCUCUGAAAACUUGCGAAGAAGUUCUAUCUUAUGCAGAGGAGCUUCACAUUAUCUCAAGAUGCAUCAACUCCUUGGCAAUGAAAGCUUGUUCCGAUCCAACCUUAUUUAAUUGGCCUGUGUCAGAGUGCAAUAACACUGAGAAUAAAUCCGGCAACCUCUUAUGGAAUGGAAUAUCUGCCUCAACAAAGCCACCUCCCAUUGGGGAUGACUGGUGGUAUGAGGAUGUGUCUUUCCUCGGUUUACCUCUCUACAGACGGCUUAUCCACGCUGUGGAACCAGGAGGCAUGAAGCCUGAGAAUGUUGCUGGAUCCCUCAUGUUUUAUGCUAAGAAAUAUAUUCCAUUGAUGAAUAGGCAACCAACUGCCCAGGAUACAAACCAAGUUAAACCUGGCUCAACUCUGUCCAACCCUUCCGAGGCAGAACAGAGGGCUCUCCUUGAAGAGAUUGUUGAGUUGCUUCCCAAUCAGAGAGAAGUUACACCAACUAAGUUUCUACUCAGGCUGCUCCGCACUGCUAUGACCUUACAGGCAAGUCCAUCAUGCAGAGAAAACUUGGAGAAAAGGGUGGGGGAACAAUUAGAUCAAGCUGCAUUGGAAGAUCUACUGAUACCAAAUAUGGGCUACUCGGUGGAAACCUUAUAUGAUAUAGACUGCUUUCAGAGGAUUCUUGAUCAUUUUGUAUCAAUGGACCAGCCCAUGGCUGCAGCUUCUCCAUGUAUAGUUGAAGAAGGGCAGUUGAUAGAAGGGGCCCAUUCGCUGGCAUCAGUAACAAUGGUGGCAAAUCUGGUGGAUGCAUAUCUUGCUGAAGUGGCACUGGAUGUUAAUUUGAAGUUCCCAAAAUUCCAGUCACUUGGGGCUGCCAUCCCUGAUUAUGCCAGGACAGGUUCUGAUGGCAUUUACCGCGCAAUUGAUAUAUUUCUGAAGCUCAUAGCCAAAUUCUGCUACGGUGUUAAAAUAGAACUCACUGCUUUAAAUGUGGUCAGCCUUAGAUGUGCAGCGGAGUACCUUCACAUGAGUGAAGAUCAUGGAGAGGAAAAUCUCACUGCACAAACAGAGGCCUUCCUCAAUGAAGUUUUUGGCAAUUGGUCAGACACAGUAAAGGCUCUGAAAACUUGCGAAGAAGUUCUAUCUUAUGCAGAGGAGCUUCACAUUAUCUCAAGAUGCAUCAACUCCUUGGCAAUGAAAGCUUGUUCCGAUCCAACCUUAUUUAAUUGGCCUGUGUCAGAGUGCAAUAACACUGAGAAUAAAUCCGGCAACCUCUUAUGGAAUGGAAUAUCUGCCUCAACAAAGCCACCUCCCAUUGGGGAUGACUGGUGGUAUGAGGAUGUGUCUUUCCUCGGUUUACCUCUCUACAGACGGCUUAUCCACGCUGUGGAACCAGGAGGCAUGAAGCCUGAGAAUGUUGCUGGAUCCCUCAUGUUUUAUGCUAAGAAAUAUAUUCCAUUGAUGAAUAGGCAACCAACUGCCCAGGAUACAAACCAAGUUAAACCUGGCUCAACUCUGUCCAACCCUUCCGAGGCAGAACAGAGGGCUCUCCUUGAAGAGAUUGUUGAGUUGCUUCCCAAUCAGAGAGAAGUUACACCAACUAAGUUUCUACUCAGGCUGCUCCGCACUGCUAUGACCUUACAGGCAAGUCCAUCAUGCAGAGAAAACUUGGAGAAAAGGGUGGGGGAACAAUUAGAUCAAGCUGCAUUGGAAGAUCUACUGAUACCAAAUAUGGGCUACUCGGUGGAAACCUUAUAUGAUAUAGACUGCUUUCAGAGGAUUCUUGAUCAUUUUGUAUCAAUGGACCAGCCCAUGGCUGCAGCUUCUCCAUGUAUAGUUGAAGAAGGGCAGUUGAUAGAAGGGGCCCAUUCGCUGGCAUCAGUAACAAUGGUGGCAAAUCUGGUGGAUGCAUAUCUUGCUGAAGUGGCACUGGAUGUUAAUUUGAAGUUCCCAAAAUUCCAGUCACUUGGGGCUGCCAUCCCUGAUUAUGCCAGGACAGGUUCUGAUGGCAUUUACCGCGCAAUUGAUAUAUUUCUGAAGUUUCCUUUGCUGUCAAGAAGUGGGCUACUGGAAAAGCUUAUUGGAGAAUUUGCCGGUGAUGAUGGAUCAGUUUGCAUUUUGCGACUUGAUGACAUACCUGGUGGAGCCAAAGCAUUUGAGCUCAUAGCCAAAUUCUGCUACGGUGUUAAAAUAGAACUCACUGCUUUAAAUGUGGUCAGCCUUAGAUGUGCAGCGGAGUACCUUCACAUGAGUGAAGAUCAUGGAGAGGAAAAUCUCACUGCACAAACAGAGGCCUUCCUCAAUGAAGUUUUUGGCAAUUGGUCAGACACAGUAAAGGCUCUGAAAACUUGCGAAGAAGUUCUAUCUUAUGCAGAGGAGCUUCACAUUAUCUCAAGAUGCAUCAACUCCUUGGCAAUGAAAGCUUGUUCCGAUCCAACCUUAUUUAAUUGGCCUGUGUCAGAGUGCAAUAACACUGAGAAUAAAUCCGGCAACCUCUUAUGGAAUGGAAUAUCUGCUUCAACAAAGCCACCUCCCAUUGGUGAUGACUGGUGGUAUGAGGAUGUGUCUUUCCUUGGUUUACCUCUCUACAGACGGCUUAUCCACGCUGUGGAACCAGGAGGCAUGAAGCCUGAGAAUGUUGCUGGAUCCCUCAUGUUUUAUGCUAAGAAAUAUAUUCCAUUGAUGAAUAGGCAACCAACUGCCCAGGAUACAAACCAAGUUAAACCUGGCUCAACUCUGUCCAACCCUUCCGAGGCAGAACAGAGGGCUCUCCUUGAAGAGAUUGUUGAGUUGCUUCCCAAUCAGAGAGAAGUUACACCAACUAAGUUUCUACUCAGGCUGCUCCGCACUGCUAUGAUCUUACAGGCAAGUCCAUCAUGCAGAGAAAACUUGGAGAAAAGGGUGGGGGAACAAUUAGAUCAAGCUGCAUUGGAAGAUCUACUGAUACCAAAUAUGGGCUACUCGGUGGAAACCUUAUAUGAUAUAGACUGCUUUCAGAGGAUUCUUGAUCAUUUUGUAUCAAUGGACCAGCCCAUGGCUGCAGCUUCUCCAUGUAUAGUUGACGAAGGGCAGUUGAUAGAAGGGGCCCAUUCGCUGGCAUCAGUAACAAUGGUGGCAAAUCUGGUGGAUGCAUAUCUUGCUGAAGUGGCACUGGAUGUUAAUUUGAAGUUCCCAAAAUUCCAGUCACUUGGGGCUGCCAUCCCUGAUUAUGCCAGGACAGGUUCUGAUGGCAUUUACCGCGCAAUUGAUAUAUUUCUGAAGGCACAUCCUUGGCUCACAGACUCUGAGCGAGAGCAAAUUUGCAGACUCAUGGACUGCCAGAAGCUUUCAUUAGAAGCCAGCACACAUGCAGCCCAGAAUGAGAGGCUACCUCUCAGAGUGAUUGUGCAAGUCCUAUUCUUUGAGCAACUUCGCUUGCGUACAUCAGUUUCUAGUUGGUUUUUUGUCCAUGACAAUCUUGAGAACUCGGAAAAUCCCAAUGUGGUUCUCGCACUCUCCAAAAAUGAUGCUUCCCACCACGAGGAUGUUGUACAAGAUAGAGGAUCUGGUAUGGAAGUUAUGAAGGAGCGUGUUUCCGAGCUUGAAAAAGAGUGCCAGAGCAUGAAACAGGAGAUUCAUAAGCUGGUGAAAACCAGGAGAAGUUGGAACAUAUUUUGCAGAAGAAAGUCACAGCACUGUCGAUCUUUAGAAUCAAAACCCUGCAAAAUAACUGCCCCACUGUCCUCUGUUAAUGAGCGACGAAAUCAUCAAAAUGGUGAGUUGGGCAAUUGA